AAGCAAUCUGGCUAACACAUUCGGGGAGCAAUACACGAAAAAGAAACCUAAAGAGAACCGAAGCGCAGCAAGCAUGCAGCCCAACCUCACAGCCCGAAGAAAUACGCAUCCCUCAACCGCGUCGCAUAAAGAUUCAGCUGGUUCUCCUUCGACACCCAAGCCAUCUUCCCGGGCUCCCAGAACAUCCUUGCCGGUGACCGCAAACCCUCUGCUCUGCUCGCGGCGCGCGCAGUCCGCCCGCAUCCACUCCGACAAGUACCACUCCUUGUCCUUGUGGCAGCUGACCAGGGCCCGUCGAUGCCGUUGCUCUCUUGUCGUUGUCGAUGCUCCUAGUACUGCUGAGGAAAAGAGCUUCAUGCUCCACUUGGAACCUGGCUUCCCGCUGGAUGUUGAAGCGCAGCUUGGUCUCCGCUUCGACGUAAUCGAGGACCAGUGUGUUUACGUUGCGCGAUUGCCAUUCGUGCGGCCACCGCCGGAGCUUCUGUGCUGCUUUCCGGUUACCGGUCCCCUCGAGCAGUCUCUCAAGAAGUUCCAAAGAAGAGGUAGGCAUGUUGAGAUGGGUUGACGGGUGGUUGGUGCCAGACGGAGGUUUCAGGGA